AUGGAAGCUUACUUGCAAAAGAAGAGAAGAAGACCUUUGUUCUUAGAUGGUAUUGAGGAGGAAGAUGGGGAAGAUGAAGUUGUGGAGGUGGCCACAACAGAUGUAGAAGCAGAAAGAACACCUGAACAGAUAGUAGAUCAAAGGCGUGCAAAGGACUUUCAACCCACCAUUGAGUCCAGCACAAAGACUAAGGAGGAGAAGCAAUAUGUGGAUUUGCAAUGGGCACUAUGGUUCAUGGAGUGUGGUGUAUCCUUUAAUGCAACAAAUUCAAGGCAAUUUGAAAUUGCCUAUGAGGCAACAACCCAAUAUGGUUCAGGGUACAAGUCUCCAACUAACCAACAGCUUGGUGAACCUUUGCUUCAAGAAUGUGUUAAGGAGAAGAUUGAGGACAUUGUAAAGGAUAAUGUUGUUCAAGUUGUGACCAACAAUGGCGCUAACUACAAGGCUACUGGUAAGAUUUUGAUGGAUAGGAUUCCCACACUAUUUUGGAGUCCUUGUGCUGCACAUUGCUUGGAUCUGAUGUUAGAAGAAUUUUGGAACUUGAAGGCAUUUAAGAAACCUAUUGCACGUGCUAGGUGUGUCACCCCAUUCAUUUAUAGGCAUGGGAGGCAUCUUAGUGCAAUGAGGGCUCAAACAGGUGGGACUGAUCUUGUUAGGGUAGCAAAGACUCAAUUUGCCACAUCAUUUCUGACAUUGAAGAGUUUGUACAAGAACAAGGAUGCCUUGAAGAGCUUGUUUGUUAGUGAAGCAUGGAUUGGGAACAACUUGUGUACAACUACAGCAGUAGAAGAUUGCCUAAGAGCUUCAGCCCCACUCUUAAUUGUUUUGAGGGUUGUUGAUGGUGAUCAGAAGCCUGCAAUGCCAGAGGUCACAGCUCUAAUGAAUCAUGCAAAAGAGAGGAUAAAGCUCAGCUUCAAUAUAUCAACCAAGCAGGGCCUGCUCAAGCAUAUCAUGGACAUUAUUGAGAAGCAUUGGGUGAACCAAAUGGAGCAUCCAUUGUAUGGGGCUGCCCUAUAUUUGAACCCAGGAAAUUUUUAUCCUCUUGUAAAAGCUAAUGAUGAUGCCAUUAUUGGGCAGCUAAGAGGUUGUUUUAUUGAAGUGCUUGGAAGAAUGAUACCAGAUGUGGAAACACAAAUGAAGAUCAAUAGCAACUUAAUUGCAUUCCAAACUCCUAAUAUGUGUUGUACUUUUCAUCCAGUUGAUUGGUGGCCUUCUUAUGGUGGCCGAGCCAUUGAACUACAAAGACUUGCUAAGCGUAUAAUGCAUACAAAGAAAAGGAAUAGGCUACUGCACAAGAGAUUGAAUGAUAUUGUUUUUGUUUCAUACAAUCAGAAGAUGAGAACAAGGGUUCAGCUUAUGCGUGAGAAGGCAGGCAAGAAAUAUGACCCUUUGGUCAUUGAGGAGUUUGAUUGGGACAAUAAAUGGGCUGAUUCAUUGCAUGUGCCCAUUCCAGGUGCUCGAGGGUCUGAUGCUGUCAAUGAGCUCACAUGGCAGCAUGUUGAUGAAGCCACCGUUUCAUUCAAGGGGGAUGGAUGCUACAUGGGAGAAGAGCUUUUGAAAAGGAAAGAAAGGAACAUGGGCUCAAGAAUUGGCAACAAACGAGGUUCGGCGGGGCCUGAGGGGCCUCUCCAGCGGUGUGCCCGCAAGGGUGACCAGCUUUGGUCCUCAGCGGUGGAGGCCAUGUCUAGAUCCGGUGGGGGCAGCUCUCCGGCGGUGCGCCCACAGUCCAGCGGCCAGGGCCUUCUCCAGUGGCCAUGCCCUUGA